UCCAAUUUAGCCAGACGCUCAGAGACGUCAGUCUGCCGCAAACUGCUGUUAAAACGCGCAUAAAGAGUGCAGUGGGAUGAGUUCCUGUCAGUCGGAAGAUUCUGGCGUUUCUUCUGAAAGAUGAAGUUCUUCCUCCUUCACACGCAGGUUCUUUUUCUAUCAGUCUGGUUCUCCAGACCCACGGGGGCAGAUCCACGGUCUGGUCUUGGUCUGGAGGACAGCAGGACGCAGCGGGACGUCUCCUGCAGAGAACACCUGGAGUACAAGGAUGGAAACAUCUGCUGUUUAAACUGUCCAGCUGGUACGUAUGUGAAAUCUCCGUGCACCGCAGCAGGAAUGAAGGGGAAGUGUGAGGAGUGUGACUACGGGACGUUCAUCGAGCACGCCAACGGCCUCAAACAGUGCUUCAAGUGCACACGGUGCCGCUCAGAUCAGGAAGUGGUACGGCCGUGUACACACACUCAGGACACAGAAUGCCAGUGCAGACCUGGGAGGUUCUGUCAUCCUGACCAGGCAUGUGAAGUCUGCAAGAAGUGUUCAAGGUGUGAAAAGGAUGAAGAACUGGUGAGGAACUGCACUCCUACCAGCAACACAGAGUGCAAGAAAACCCAGCACAAACCCAGCUCUGCUUUAGGAGCUUGGGGGAUUGUGCUCAUCGUCCUGUCUGUUGCUGUGUUAGUGUUCGGCACGUUAUUUGCUGUAUACAUCUGGAGACGUAGAAGAGCAGAAUCUCAGAGACCUGAUGGGAUAAAAACUGAUCCGCAUUACACCGACAUCCAUCCCCCUGAGGAGAACAGGGACGGAGAAACCCAAAGGCCAAGCGGCACCAAUCUGAUCCUGUCCCGACCACUGGUGAGAGUCAAAUCUCCAGCCGGUGUGGAGGAUGAGCGUAAAAUGCUGUGUGAAAGCCUCAGCAGCUCAGCCAGCAACUCCCAGCACAGUCUAACCGGCCUCACCUCCCCUGGCUUCGCUCCCCGAGCCAGCCCCGAGACCCUCCGGCAGCAAGACAGGAGGGAAGAAGAGCAGUUUCCCAAGCUUGUUCCUGUGAAUGGUGAAGAGUCUCUGAGGAAGUGCUUUGAGUACUUUGAAGACGUAGACGUGGACCAACACAAGAGGUUCUUCCGUAACCUCGGGAUUAACGACAACGUGAUCAAAAGCAAAGAGCACCUCCUUUAUGAGGACAGGAUUCAUGAGCUGCUGAACAUCUGGAUAGAGAGAGUGGGCAGAGAAGCCAGCUUAAACGAUCUGCUGAGAGUUUUGCUGGACAUGAGUCAGAGGCGAACAGCUGAGAAGGUCAAGGAGAACGCUAUUCAUCAUGGUCAUUACUUUUGCGAGUGUUAAUGAGGGUGGAGUCGUUGGAGUCCUUUUGAAAACAUGUUGUCUGAUGAAUAACUGGAGGUUCUGGUUGUUGAAGGCUACUGGUUAGAGUAGCGCUGCCCAUGAAGACCAUCUAAAGUGCUCUUUGGGCAUGAAAACCAGCACAUGUGGUUUCCAUGCAUCCUGUUUGGGUUUCUUUUCAUCAGCACCUCACAAUGCUACCACACAUGGUGGUCUUUGGUUAGAGGCUGUUCUGCCAAAGAAAAGAGUUUUCAUGAGAGGAACCACUAGUAGGGCUGUCUCAUGAAGAAGGUCCUCAAACCCUCUUCUAUGUCCUGUACCAGCUGGAGGACAGCUGAGGACUAUAUGAGUAGUUGAUCUAUUCUGCCCUGAAAAAGCCCCUCCUACACCCAGACAGUGUUUGUGCUGCUGUUCCAGUAGGGUGGUGUUGCUGUACAGCUAAGAUGGAGAAACGGGCUGCUGUUAAGUCUGAUUUGCUUGAUUACAUCCUUCUUCUCUCACGCUCCAGAAUGACAGCUUCACUGUCUUCUGUGUGGAACUGAUUCGUUCUUUUGAGCUACUUGGAGAGCUGUGGAAUAGUGUUUGCUCUACCUGAUGUACAGAAGAAGAUUUUUACUUUUCACUCUGGAUCCCUACACAGGAUCAUUGUUUCAGUGACUGUUUUCAGACCAUACUGACAACCAUGUUCCUUCAGAUAUAUUUAUUCAAAUUGAACUCAGGAAUUAACGCCUUAAUGGUCGCACUGAUUACCAAGCAUCCAGGCGUGAAUAUUUAUCAAAGGGAUCAGUAUGAUAAGUCUAUGAAGUUAUAUCAGAGAGCUAACAGUAAUUUAUUUAAAUCAGGUGUUGUCUGCCUGACUUUUGUUUCCAUGUUGGUCUGCGUGUUCUCCUGAGCUCAGCCUGAUCAACAGAGAUGUAGAUUUUUUUUUUUUUAGCUGUAUAUUUAUUGUUUUAAUCUCCUGGGUGCAUUCUAAUUCUAGUUUCUUGUUACACUUCUGUCAGAAUGUGAUCAUAGCAGCCACACCUUGGAGAUGAACCAACCACACACUUCUCUGCUUCACAAAUGGAUUAACACGAUGUUACAUAGUGCCUGUUUUUAAACCUUUCUUUAACAUGUUUUAUCUUUUGCUUUCUGUCUAGUCCAGGUGCUGUAAUGUUUGCCAGGCUGUCGCUUUAUUUUGGUCGUUUUUCUCAGCAGAAGCUAAAAUACAGUAGACCAUAAUAAUCCACCCUGUGUGAACUUGCAUAUGCCAAUAAAACCAAACACUGCAUUCA